CCCCACCUCUCCCCCAGAGACUUUCUUCUCUCCCCCAGCCUGGUCUCCCUCUCUCUCCCCACUCCCCUCAGCUCCCAGGGCAGUCACACUCAAAAACAGAGACCUCUUGGCCACCCUCUGCUGCAUCCCAGAGUGUUUUGCCCAGAUCCGGUGGGUCUGAGGGAGGAGGGAGGAGGCUGCCCAUGGCACAGAAACUUCAGCCCCAGGUGUAAGCUGGGAAGAGAUGGGUCCAGGGUAGGGGGGCCCUUUUGGAAUCAACUAUGCAUUUCUUGGAGCUUGUGUUAGGAGGGGAGGGGCGCGAGGGGGAUGGGAGCAUCAUUUGCUAUGGCCUCCUGACUGGGUUUCCUCUGAGCACACUGUGUGCCUUUCUCAGAGGUUUUCAAAGCAAUGUCUUCCAGAAGAGUGGCAGGGCCAGAGGGUCCGACUCGAGCCUCCUUCCUCAUCCCCCAUAUCGCCCUACCGUCUGGCCUGAUAGACAGUUGAGGAAGACGUCUGGGGCCUGGAGUCAGCCGUUCUCUGGGCUCUGACUCCCAUGUCCCAGGGCAGCCGGCCCUUCUGGGUUCUGCCUGACCUGGUCGAAUUGGGUGUGGCUGCCAUCUUUGGGGAUGGCUGCCACAGAUCCCAGGGGACACCGGGGCUGAACGGAUAGUACGGUUCACACCCCACUCCACCCACUGCCCCAUUUCUCCACCAGCCCACCUGCAGCGCCCACCUGGAACUCACCAAGCCAAAACCCACUUUAGUCUGACCAGGACCCCUUCCCGCAGGGUCACCUAAAAUCCCCAGGGACCCCAGGUCUUCCAAGCGGAACGGGCGGCAGCUGGCUGGGGAGGGAGGUGGGGAGAUGUUGUGUCCUCCCCAGUCUCUGGACUAUCACUAUGUCCCCUGGCACCACCUCCUGGAAACUAGGCCCAGAAGAGGCCCAGUGGCCAGGGGGGAUCCUGGGAGCCAGGAAAAGGCUGUGAAUGUAUGGAGAGAGAAGGAGGGGAAGAAAGGAGACUGGGGUUGAGGGGGUGGGGAUAGAAGGUGAGGGGUGUCUCCUCCUCUCUCUGGGGGGACUAGCCCCUGAGGGGUUGCUUCAGGAGAGUCAAGCCAAAGCCCUGCCAGAAGACCCCUCCCAGGAGCCCCUGGGAAACAAGAUAUAAGGAGAGAGGGAGCCCCAGGUGUGUCUGGAGAUGGAGCCAGAGGCCCUGAGGACUGGAAUCCCCAGAAGGCACUUGUAUCUGCUGGACAAGCCCUUCCCUUUGGGGUCUCCUUUGGUCUUCCAAAGACAGCACUGAGUCAGCAACAGUGCCUGCCUUCCAGAGAACUUGGGAAAAUGCCCAGUUUCCAUUUUUCCAUGUGAAAGCUUGGGCCACCUCCGAGCUGAUGCUGCUUCAUUCCUGGGGGGCCAAAAGCCAGGGAUUCCAGAAUCCUCAACCCUACCCUGAUUCAAUUGGCCUAGAACCUUUUGGUGGAAGAUCUUUUAAAGGUACAUAGCCCUCAAGAGUCUGGCUGUCUGAAGCAAGGAUGGCUUAAACCUCAUCCCCUUUAAAAUGUGGCAGUAGGUUUCCCCUCCCUGAGUAGCGCCCCCGUAGCAAGACACAGGCUCCCAUGGAUUCCCAGCCAUCCCUGCAUGGAGUCCCUGCCUGGGCCUCUCCUCAAAGCUCCUCAGUGGGGAGAAGGAGGAGGCAGAAGAGGAGGAGGAAAGGGGAGAUGGCUGAAGUCCGAAAUGGGCUGGUGAUGACUAUUGGUGAGUCUAUCUGGUCCAUAUCAUCCCCCAGGACUUCCCUGUCCAAAGGGAUCGAUUGAAGCCUCUUGACCAGGGGGCCCCGGGGGUCCGCCUCCUUGAUGCUCCUUCCUGUCAGCCAUACCCCAGACCUUCUGCCAUUUGAUGGCUGCCUGGAAGCCAGAACCAGCAGUGAGUUGAUCCCUGGGGGCCAGGCUGCCCUGGACCAGGCCUGGGAAGAGGGGACAGGGAAAGGCUCAGAGAAGGAGAAAGCCACCAAGAAGAUGGGUCGGCGGCCAUUCCAAAACCCACAGGACACAAGCGGGUCAUGAGCUGAGCCACUCGCAGGCUGAGUCGAGCAUCCCAGGCAGCUGGAUUCCCCUUGCAGAGGAUCCAGGAAGCAGCUAGGAGCAGGCGGGGAAGGCUGUGCAACAGACCCUAAUAGAUGGGAUCCGUGGCAUGGAAGAGUCACUUGGCCCCCACCCACCUGCUCUGAGGCGCUGCUGAAGGCCGAGGGCUGGAAGCUGGAGGUCGGAGGCUGCAAUCCUCUUUUCCCAAGCUUGGAUCCCUUGGGCUCUGGCAGAAAGUCUGAGGGAAGAUGUCAGAUCCUGACCCAGCAUGGACACUCAUCCUUGGUUCUGUCCAAAUCCCUCUGGACCCUGUCGAUGGUUCUGACUGCAGAGCUCCCUGUGAGGAUGGAUUCUCUGUGCUCUCCCCCUGCCCACCCCUGCCUCCCCUACCCAGCUGAGGCAGAAGGGACAUUCCACAGAGGAAGAAUCAGAGCAGAGCACAGGUGACUAAGGUUUUUGAUUGCGGAUGGGACUUUCUGACACCAGGUUCAUAAGCCCCCAGGAGCAUGAGCAAUCCCGGAAAACCCAGUCCUCCUGCAGCGGACAAACCAUCCCCCACAUCGCAGCCCACCUAUGGCAACAUUGGAGAGAUACGAGCCCACCUACUGCCAACCAAGUCUCGCCGGCUGAGGACAACUGAGAGACUUUCUCCAGAGGCUCCUGGCAGCCCACUGCCCCCUCCCUUGCCACAGAAGACGCUCAGCAGAACCAAGUCUCUACCCACCAAGGAGACACGCCAAUGCACCACCUGCGCCGGCCUUCAGCCCUCACUUUUGAAGGUUCCCAGCCGCCAGCAGGGCAGCCUCCAGGCUCCCUUUAGCUCCCAGAAGCCCUCGGAGAGUCCCCCUGGCCAGUUGAGCACACAGGCCUGGGACCUGCAGGAGCUGACCUUCAGCACAGAGGACCGUGACCUGGGCUGCUUCUUCAGUGACCUGGGCAGCCAGGAGGAGGUGCUUACUGGGCUCGUGAGGCGCCAGCUGGGCUCCCUGCGCUGGAUUGAGGCCCAACUGGAGAGCCAGUUCAUGGGCGAGCAGUGGUUGGGGACUGUGGAUGAGUUGGGCGUAGAUCUGAGCCUGCUGGACGACAAGCCCUGCGCUGAGAGCGGAGAUGCCUGGUACUACCGUGUCAGCCAUACCACCCAGGCUUCCCAGCAUAUCCUGGCAGCAAAGGUCCACAAGCCCGACUGCCUGAAGCCUGACCCCAAGCCCUCUGGAGCCAGCGGCUCAGCCCUGCAGGGCACCCUCCCACCCCACUUCAAUGUACAGCGUCUCUGCGGCUGGCUGGCUGGGGGGUCCCGGGCCCUCGGGCUGUGGCGGGAGGAGGCCCUGGCGGUAGCUUUGGUGGCUGAGGUCCCCAGCCAGACCGUGGCCGACUGGACUGGGGUCUCCGCGGGGCUGCAUCGGGCCCAGCCGGGCCCCCUGGAGCGCCAGGCCUGUCUCCUGCUGCUGCAGCUCUGCACAGCCCUGGAGCAUCUGCACGGCCAGGGCCUCCGCCACGGGGACUUGCGGCCGCAGAACUUGCUGCUGCUUGGCCCCACUGGGCCGCCAGCCCUGCCCCGUCUGCUCCUCAGUAACUUUGCCCGGGCUGAACGACUGGGCCCAGGUGGGCCAGGAACCUUCCCUGGCUGGGAGGAUGUGAUCCAGCUGGGUCUGCUAGUGUAUGACCUGCUGCACCUGGACCGGCCCCAGGAGCUGGCCACCCCGGCCCCCAUUCCGGUCCGCUCCCCCUUCUCGGCCGGCCUGAGCCAUUUGGUCCCUCAGCUGCUGCAUGGCCAGCUCUCCGCACAUAGCACUGGCCAGGCCCUGCAGGCACUGCUCUGGGGGCCUGAGCCCCUGACUCCGGACCCACCUCUCCCCUCCUGGCUAGCCCUGCGGCAAGCCCUGCUGGGGCUGCGGCUGGCGGAGCAGGCAGUGGCUGAGGGCCCAGGGGGAGCCGGGCUGGAGGACUGGCUCUGCUGCCGCUACCUGACUCGGGUCUCGGAGGACUCGCUUGGUCUGCUGACUGUGAAGGAUUGACUUGAACCUCUGGAGUCCAUACCCCCAGCACUAACCAGGCCCCCCACCAGGCCUGGCGGCCAGCAUUUUCAUUGCUAUUUGCCUAUUUGCAUUCCUUGUUUCAGAAAAAGCCUGCCUACUCUAGUAUGUCUCCUCACCCUCUUUCAUGAGCUCCCAACCCAGGGCCAUGAGUAUGCAAAAGCUCAAUAAAAACUGUAUAAUGAUGA